AUGGCCUCACUCUGGCCCUUCCUGGAGGGGCACCCAGAGUACUGCGCGGACUCGCUCCUGGAGCGCCUGGUGGAGCCGGAGCGCGUCAUCCAGUUCCGAGUGUCGUGGGUGGAUGACAAGGAGGAGGUGCAGGUGAACCGGGCGUGGCGUAUGCAGUUCAACUCCUGCAUCGGCCCGUACAAGGGCGGCAUGCGGUUCCACCCCUCCGUGAACCUGUCGAUUCUCAAGUUUCUUGGAUUUGAGCAGACCUUCAAAAACGCUCUGACGACGCUCCCCAUGGGCGGCGGCAAAGGUGGUUCGGACUUUGACCCCAAUGGGAAGAGCGACCGUGAGGUGAUUCGGUUUUGCCAGGCCCUGGUGACGGAGCUGCACCACCACAUCGGCGUCGGUGGUCGCGAGGUUGGCUACAUGACAGACAUGACACGGAAGUUGACGAACUGCAGGGCCUGCACAUUUACAGGUAAAGGCGUUGCGUUCCAAGGAAGCCUGAUGCGCCCCGAGGCCACGGGCUACGGCGUUGUCUACUUCCUGGAGGCCAUGCUGAAGAGGCACCAGCAGGAACUGAAGGGGAAGACGGUGCUUGUGUCUGGGGCUGGCAACGUGGUGUGCUGCGCGCCGUGGAGAAGUGCCUCCAGCUGGGGGCGAAGGUGA